GAUCUUUAUAUAUUUCUUGCAGAGUCCUCCAAAAUGACAAUAAUUAAUCUUAACUGUCUCGUUAGUGGUAGCAGUGAAAAUGAAACUUUUACGAUUGAGAUUUCUAAUGACAAAAAGUAUGAAUUGCUCAAACAUAUAGUAAAAAAACGCUUAGCAUCUUUAUUUGAUUCCAUUCCUUCUACUCAAAUCACCCUUUGUUCAUCCGCUAAUGGUUCGAUUUAUAAACCAAUAGUUAGAAUUUCUAAAGACUUCGCUGAUAGCCCUGAUGAAAAUGGCCUUCAUAUUUAU